UUUCCAUGGUGACAACAACCAGCCAGCUACCUACCUUUCUGUCCGCAAACAAGAAUUAACAAGGCGAACUAACAACUCUAUUGCAAACUAGUCCUCGCUAUUACUAAAUUAUUGUUUUACACCGUCACCAGCAAGUCUAGCGACUUGAUUUUAAAGGUUUCUUUUGAGGUUGACAGUCGACGUCAGAGAACUAGUUAGCUAAACGUUAGCUCGGCGGCUAAUCCAGAAAAAAGGACUCAAUAAUCUGCUGCUAGCAAAUUUAGCAUCGUGUCGCUCAAGAUGAGUGAACAGUUGAAAUUCAUCGUUGAACAGCUUAACAAGGACCCAUUCAAGAAAAACUUCAACCUCAUCACGUUUGACUCCCUGGAGCCGAUGCAGCUGCUGCAGAUUUUAAAUGAUGUUCUGGCUGAAAUAGACCCAAAGCAAGCCAUAGAUAUCCGUGAAGAAAUGCCUGAACAAACCAUAAAGAGAAUGUGUGUUCUACUGGGAAUGUUGAAAUACAAACCUCCUGCCAACCUCUCUGAUGUGAGCAGCUUUAGACAAGGCUUGGUAGUUGGCAGCAAGCCCGUGGUCCACCCCAUCCUCCAAUGGCUGCUACAGAGGGUCCCUGAACUGAAGAAAAGGGCUUAUUUGGCUCGCUUUCUAGUCAAACUGGAGGUGCCUGCAGAGUUUCUGCAGGAUGAUGUCAUCACUGACACCUUUCACCAGUAUGAGGAGCUGGUGGAAAGUUUUAAGACGUAUCACAAGGAGUGUGAGAUGCUGAGGACUUCAGGCUUCUCUACAGCAGAAAUCAGAAGGGACAUUAGUUCAAUGGAGGAAGAGAAAGACCAACUAAUCAAACGUGUGGAAAGGCUGAAGAAGAGGGUGGAGUCGGUGUCCAACCAUCAGCGGAUGCUGGAACAGGCGAGACAGCUGCGAGUGGAGAAGGAGAGAGAGGAGUCACUGACUCACCAGAAGCAAGAACAGAAGAACCAACUGUUCCAGGCAGAGCAGAGACUGCAGAGAUCGCAGCAGCAGUUGAAGGAUUUGCGACAGGCAGCAGCAGAUGCCAAUCCAGAGAGCUUAAUGAAGAGGCUCGAAGAGGAGAUCAAGAUCAACUCCUACAUGGUCUCUGAGAAACUCCCCAAAGAGCUGGACGGUAUGAGGCGUACAGUGCAGAACCUGCAGAAAAUAGCAGCAGAGCCUGCCAUGGGUCAGGCCGAUCUCCAGGAGCUGGAGGACAAGAUUAAAGAAGUGGACUCUCAGAUAAACCAGCUGAUUGAGAAGAGGAUGAUGAGAAAUGAUCCCAUGGAUGACAAACUGACCCUCUACAGACAACAGGCGUCCAUCAUCAUUCGAAGGAAGGAGUCCAAGGCAGAGGAGCUUCAGGAAGCGAGAGAGGAGCUUGCCACUGCAGAGAGGGAACUGAGGCAGAGGAGAAGCCAGGCACAAGCUUCAGAUGGGGGAGAAGUGAUCCGGGGUGAUGAGCUGAAACGUUUGGUGGUGAAAUUGCGCAACAAGUCAUCAGUACACAAGAAGAAACGGCAGGAAAUUGCUGAGCUGGCGGCAGAAUAUGGAGUCCUGCAACGAACAGAGGAGAUUCUCAGGCAGAGGCAUGAGGAUAUCCAACACAGACUGCAAACUAUGGAAGCUGAGAAGGGCAUCUCUGGCUACAGUGACACUCAGGAGGAACUGGAGAGGGUGUCGGCCAUCAAGAGCGAGCUGGACGAGAAAAAGGGCCGCACACUGGAUGACAUGUCUGAAAUGGUGAAAAAAUUAAACUCCAUGAUAGUGGAGAAGAAGUCUGCUCUAGCACCCAUUAUAAAAGAUCUGAGGUCACUGAGACAGCGGUGUCAGGAACUGAGUCAUGAAUAUGAGGAAAAGAAGUCGCAAUAUGAAAGUUGCACUGCUGGUUUGGAGAGCAACAGAUCUAAACUGGAGCAGGAGGUGAGAGCAUUGAGAGAGGAGACAGCACAGGAUGAAAACCGAUAUCAUUACAUCAACUCCAUGUCAGAGAUCAUUGAAAUGCAACUACAGCGGGCUGCUGAUGAGAUGAAGGCCUAUGUGUCCUCUGACCCACAGGAGAGGAAGAAGGCCAUCAGGGAAGUGUACAUGAAGAACAUUUCAGAACAGGAGUUACUUGGCAAGAAAUUACGUGAAAAGCAGAAGAUGGUGAGGGAGAGCCACGCCGCUAACAUGGAGCAGAUGAAGAUGUGGCGUGACCUGGAGCAGCUGAUGGAGUGCAAGAGGCAGUGCUUCAUAAGAGCUCAGAGCCAGGCAUCUAUUGGUCAGGUCAUACAGGAGGGGGGAGAGGACAGGCUGGUGCUGUGAAGACAUAUCUACGCAUAGUCAACUGCAGAUCACUUCAACUUACAAUUCUAUAUCUACCUGUAACAUUUCAAAAUCUUUUAACAAUAUAACUGUUAUACGUUAGUGGACACAAUAGCACAAGGCUUGUUCAUGGGGUUCAUCUUUCCCUCCAUAUUGCCCGUUACAAACUGCCCGUAGAGUUUCACUUUGUACUUUGUCCUGUGUAAGCACCCCACCACUCACAUCAUUUUGUCAACAUGGUUUGAGAUCCUUUAAGAAUCCACAAUUUAAAGAAAACAUGUAUCAGGAGGUGUUGCAGGACUCAGUGUUUUACCUUCUCUGGGCCCUUGAGACUCCAUUUUGCCACAUCUUAAAUAAUACACUCUCAAUCAAAGUGUCCAAAGAUAACAGUGUACAAAGUGGUGCACUUGGGAUGUGGCCGCGGUCAACUAUUUUUGGCAUUGACAACCAUGACCUUGGACUGGGUGUCUUGCCAAUUUUGGAAUUCACUGGGACCUCCAUUGCUUUCGACACUUCGCUGUAGAUAAAGUAAUCAUAUUACUCCGUUUGUUUUUAUUUUCAAACCAUUACUAUUUUUCUAUAAUAGAUCCUUAUUCAAAAUAACCUUUGAUAUUUAAGACAAACAUAGUUAGAUGUUUUUGUUGUCUGUGUAUUUCUAUUAAAUGUAUUUUAUAUUCAUUUUGACUCACGUUUCAUUA